CGUACACAUCCUGACGAUGUCAUACAAUUUUCACGAGGACCACGCGAUCAAGUGAGUUGAUUUACACCUCCAGAUAAGGUGAGAGGGAUCGCUGAACAAUCUCUAUAAGUUAUGACAUACUUUAUGUGGCCUCCUAUUCGGCUCGCUGUCGCUAAGUACUUCUUACUGAAUACGAAACAUCGAUCGCCUGCAGUGAGAUUCGUUUCAGCUCCUUUUUGAACGAAGUAUCGACUAGGGAAACAAGCGAAGGAGCAUUCAGUGAACGAGAGGUUAAAAUAAAAGAAAGUACUUGAGGAUAAAUCAUCCUGCAUCGUAAAGACUGACAGUAAAAUUUCAACAGUAUGUACUUUGAUGACCUUGGUUGGAAACUUGAAGAGAUGAGAUCUUAUAUCUGGUAUCUUCCAUCACAGACUCUCGAUUCCAAUAUAAGAGUUAUUAGAUGAGCAAGGAGGCUUGAACAAGCGCUUUACAAAAUGUAGAACGAAAUUAGGUGGAUCCAAACAUUUCCUGUGUUGCAAAUGAAGCAAUGCUUCAAGACAUGCCUUUGUAUGUAUAUAGGCUAGCCAAUCUUGCACCACAUUUGGAAAGCUGAUAAGAGGCACCCUAUUUCUAAUGACCACUGCUCUUGUUCUGAAAGGGAAAACCCCUAGGUGAUAUAUCGAUAAGUAAUCAGUUUUAUAAUGGUUGGAAUGGUGCCGGUAUACGAAAUUGUAGAUCAGUAAUAUGUAUUGUAAACUGCUUUGUGAAAAUAGGUGAAUAUCAUCGUGUCAAAAGGGUUGAAAAAUCGAUAGGAGUUUAAUUUUGUGGUUUGGCAUACUUUUCUGAUUUUUAGGAUAAAUGUUUGUGCUUCAAAGUGAGUGAAAUUUCUGCUGGGAACAAAUAAUAAUAAUUACAAUAUUAUUUUCUUUUCAAGUAGCAGAACAUUGACAAGGAAGCUACUUACAACUGGAAACAGCACACUCUGCAUCUUAUUCCCCAGCAUAUACACAUGAGAAAACAUGUUUAGUUAAACCGGAUUUCACUAAAUGAAAAUCAGAAACAGAGAACUGAAGAAAUGAAAAAGGCAUCACGACUUAAAUUAAUGUAAGAGUGAAAUCCAAAAAGAAGACAGAAAUCAGGGGCUGUUUUGUAUCUGUGAAAUUAGAUCAAUGCUGAUUUCAGUACAAUAUGUAUGUUUUAGUGCACAGAUGUGUUGAUUUUCAUGUGCUCAAAGGCACCAAGCCUUAAAUAUGUACAUAGAAAUUACACCAGAUAACAAGCUUGCUACAAAAAUAUGCAACAGAUAUUAAUCACAGCUACUUACAGGGCUUAACACUAUACAGGUUUCGCCUCCUUGGUUACAUUGUAAUGAUGAGUUGAAGUACAGCUGCACCAACAUGUUUUACUCAUUUGGGGCUUAGAUGAAUGACAGUCACAGUGAUACUUUGAUUACAAUUGUCACUGUGUAAUUUGUGCUAUUUGUUUAUUGAAAUCUAACAGGACGUGCUGAGGAAAUGCAACAGGAGUCCCAAGGCAAAAGGCCUUCAGCUCAAAAGCGAGUGGCUGGUAAUUACUCACUUGUCUAUUUUUCAAACAUGCUGCAAUGUUAUGAACAAACUGCAUCUUUCAAUAAUGAGCAGGUACAAAACAUUUCAUCGAAAUCAAUAUACCAAUAUAUUUUUGGGACAUUUUUUGAAUAUUGAAGAAAACAAUUCCUGGACAAUACAAUGUCAUAGUUAUGAAAUUUUCCAAGUGAAUGCUCUGAUAGGGGUACUUCCAUUUUCUGACUGACCCUGCUGAGGAUCCAUGCAUCAAAUGUAGAUUUUUCUCACUUAUUAGGGAACUGAUGAAAAGGUGACUUGCUCUUGAAAUAAAGGAACUGUGUAACUUUACAUUCAUCAGAAAUCUGUGGAUUUCAUUUAUUGUUAUUUGUCAACCAGAUUGCUUUCACAUCAGUUCCAGGGAAAUGUUUAUAUCACUUUAGGCAUUUUUGUUAUAAGGUGAUUAGCAAACUAAUUUAUUACUUACCAUUUUAAGGGACAAAAUCCAUGAUGAUGAUUAUUACCGUAUUUAAAUUCUUCUGUGGGACAUUACUCCAAAGCAAUCAUUUCUGCUUUAGACUGAGCAGGGCUUAAAGCUGCAACCGUUUUGGUUGCUAUGGCAACCGGCCAAUUUUGCCAUUGAUUAUCUUGCAUUUGCUGGUUCUGUAUAGUAUGUAUUAGCCAGCUGUAAUAUUCUUUAAAAGAGAGAUAAAUAAUUGUCACCCUCUCAAAAGCAUACAGAGGGUACUAAAGACUUUUUAUUUGCCAGUUUUUUUAAUUCCUGGAAACAGAGAAAAGGUUUAAGUUGAUGCAAUUGAUUCAAUUAAUUGUCAGAAGAGAAUUAUUAUCAAACAGAAAAUAAUAAUGCUUGGGUGCCUUCUUAACUGGAACAGCACUGGUAAUUUUUAAACAUAUUUAUCUCAGAAGCAAUUGGGUAGUUAUAGUAAGGUUGCAUGAACCUGAAACAGGCAUGUUUCUUUUAAUUGUGAAAGUUUAUACAAUGAACUAUUAGAUUUUAUUAGUUAUAUAAAUAAUAAGUUUGGAAAUUAUACAGUAUUAAACAAUAAUUAAUAUAAUUAUAACAAAUUACUAUUUUGAUGGUUAUCAUGCUAAUGGAGAAUACAAAUGACUUAGGCCACCACUUAACUGUGUUAGCAAAAAUACAUUUAUUUACUGCUGACCAGAAGAGCAUCCUGAUUUUAGCCAAUGGUUACCGGGUAAAUUUAUUUUAUUAGAUCAAAAAAUAUCACUUAUUGUCAGAGCUUGAUAUUCCAGGAUCCAUAUUUUAGCCUGCAGAAGAGAUUUAAAUUCUUUUGCCUUUUUCAGUAGAAUUGAGGCAAGCAUGGGGCAAGCAUGAAGUCAAGGGCUGGAGUUAUUAUUUGCACUCCUACCCAGUGCGUGACUUGUGCUCACCUAGCACUUAUGUCCAUUUGCCUGAAAAAUGCAACAAAUCAUGCCAGUUCUGCCAGCUAAAACUCUUGAAAUUUAGUUCAUGAGACAAACUAAUUAGGAGGAAGAAAUGUAAGCACAAAAAUGAAGUAUUAAAUUCUUACCCUAACCUUUUCAUCUGUCUUACUUUGUUCCACUGAAGUUAAGCAAAAGGAGAAAAGUGACUUAGCUACCAAAAAACCUAAACUUGAUCCUACUGGUGAACCUGGAACUUCUGGGGUAUCCAGCACUAGGAAGACAAGGAAGUUUAAGGGUAAGGACCAAAGGAAAAUUACAUUUUAAGCUGAUUAAUUAUCCAGUAGCAUAAUAUUUUAAGGAUCAGUCAUGAAAAAUUUCUUUGCAGAGUUGAAGAACCUUCAAUCUCUCUCCCAAAGUAGUUUUUUUCUGUGAUGAAUUGUUACUGACUCACAAUCAGUUAUACCCCCACUAGCUGUGACAACAAAAGUCAACUCUGAUCAGCUCCAUUCAACAUAUCAUACCUGAUAAUAUGAGGGAUGUGUGUGUGGAUAUCUAUUUGUAUAGUUAUAAAAUUGACUAGUCUCCUCCAACAGGGCUCAUCUCAGGACCAAUAUGAAAAAUCUGGUUCCAAACAUUGUAAAUAACCUUACCUGCAUGGGUUUGUCAAUCAGAAGAAAAUCAAAAAGGCCAAUCAGGAUUUAAUUAGGAAAAAUGUGAUUUUCCUGGGCAUUGGCACCAACCUUUAAUCACUGAUGUGAUGAUGAAUUUUUUUAAAAAAAGGAAAACUAGGAUAAAGAAAUUCAUAAAUCAGUUUAUAUUAGCUAAACUAAGUCUUUCUAUGAUUAUGAUUCAAAUUCUCCUGUGGGAGCAUUACUCCAGAGUAAUCAUUUGUGGUUUUUAGUAAGCAGGGCUUUAAGUUGCAACUAGCUGUUUUGGUUGCCAUAGCAAUUGGCGUAUUUGGUCAUCUUUGGUUAUCUUGUGUUUGCUGGUCGUGCAUUGCAUGAUGCUAGCCAGCUGUAACAUUCUUUAAAAGAGAGAUAAACAAUUUUGCAUUGUAGAAUGCUUAUUGAAAUACUAGCCAGUUUAUAAUUGCCACAUAGUACUAUUCUCUCAAAGACAUAAGUGGUCAGCACUAGUCAGGGAAAACUAGGAUCUAAAAGGAAAACUAGACAUUCAUAAAUCAGUUUAAAUUGAUUGAACUAAGUUUUCUGUUUCCCUCUUUUUCCUUGAUAGUGUUACAUAUUGCAGUUAUUGCAUAGAAAUAAAGACAAUUAACCACACGAGAAAAUUAAUUAAAUGAAGAGCUCUACUUAAGAUAUGUCUGCACGCAGUUUAUUAGACUGCAAUCAGCCACUUUAUCAUGAGUCUCAGGUGCAUAGCUAGCAUUCACUCUUAUGUGGUUAAUGAGGGCAAGUUUGACUUAACUAUGGAUGCCUUUGGAAAGUGAUAUGAAUAUGUGCAUGAGUAAAACACCUGUUUAGAGACUCUGGGGAAUUGCAGCUUCAAAGAAAUCUUUGGCUCACUUAGUUUGGUGCCUCAGAGGACUCCUGUUUGAGGGAUCUGUGUUUCAACCCUGGGUAGGUCAUUUAGAGUUAAACCUUUAAUCCCUGAGAGUGACCAGCAUCUAAUUUCUCCUUACAGUAAUACGGCUGAAUCAUUUAUGAAGAUCAUGAGAAUAAAGGAAACGAUCACCACCAAAGAAGCUUUGAUUGUUAAACAAAUUCUCCUUGUCAGUACCAGAAGAAAAAUGAAGAGCAGAGUAUGGAGAAUGUGGAUACUAUUGUUUGGGUGUAAAGGGUUGAAUGUUCUUUAUUGAGACUGACUUUACUCUCACCCAGUGCCUCUCUUCACCCAGGAGUAUAAAUGGGUACUGAUGAACUGUCAGAAAACCUGAUCAAAUGUUGUAGGGAGGGGAGGGGGGUGGUUAAUUGUAAUGGAUGUGCAUCUCUCCACAAGACUUAGUCACACGUACUUGCUCCAUGUAAGCCAGGGUAAACCGCUGCAGUAUUGUAAAAUUUAUCACUGUAAAAGACAUUUCGAAAUUAAGGCAUGUGUUGAUAUUCUUAAACAUGUUGCCCUGCUGUAUUAACUAUCGAUAGAAUGCACUUUUCAUUUAUUUUAUAUUCAUUUUUUCAGUGGUAGUGAAAAAAGGCAAUCCCAAAAGUGAUGAAUUAGAGCAAAUGGCCAAUGACAUUGAUCCUAGUGAUUGGAAGAAAGUUGCAAGAAAGUUAAAGAUCCAUGGUCCAAAGAUCACAGCCAUACAUAAGGAAAAUGAGGAGUUUUAUGAAAAGAUAUACCAAAUGCUGCUUAAAUGGAAGGAGGCAAAUGGAAGUGCUGCUACAUGGAAGAAACUAUAUAAGGCUUUAAUAGAUGCUGAUCUCAAAGAGUUAGCAGAGAAGCACUGCUGUAAAAAAACUAAUUGAAAGAGAACAUCUGUCAGGAGCAGUGUUCCACCAAACACUGUGCAUAAGAUAUUUCUUAGCUAAAAAUUGUUACGCUCAGGUAAAAAUGUUGCUCUUGAUUUUUAAAAGUAUUUGUUAGUUAGCCAGGUGAUAACCGAUGGGAUCGGUCCUUCCCUAACUGCACAACUUUUUUUUUUAUACAGAUUUUUGGGACUUUUAUAGUUAUGAAACUUGGAAAAGAUAGAAGUUUAUGUUACCUGUGCAAGCCUUCCUUUUUUUGAGUGUGCAUUAUAUUGUCUAAAAUUAUUUCCAACGCUAGAUAUCUUGUACAAAUAUCCUACAGUUAAACUUCUUCAAAAGCUUUGUAAAUAGUAUUUAAGUCAUGUUAUUAUCUAAAAAAAUUUUAUUCGCUAUUUUUAUCCGUAGAUUUACUAAUCUAUGAAGUCAUUUUUUUUUUUUACACAGUACUUUCUGGCACUUAGGUUUGACUUUGUCAGUUUAAUUAGCUUUUGUUUGAUUAAAUCAUACGAUGAUUUUUAAUUUUCAUUGUCUUGUUGGCAGUAGAUAUAAUCCAGUUAAACAGAUCUUCUCACUCAUAAUCUGGGCAAAUAAGUCCGCAACGAUCUAGAUAUGAUAUUAUGGCGCGCACGUUUCACAAAUUCGUAUGACAACUGCCUUUAAAUAACUUAAAGAAAACUUUUUAGGGGAAGCUUGUGAUAAAGACGGAAACUUGGUUUCACCGACAAGACGAACAGACAAGCUUAAGUCAACUAAACUAACUUUCACGCGCAAAACAAUUUAGGAACGUAAACAUCGCACGCGUCACGUGCCAUUGCAGGUGUAAUGCUAAAAGUAUGCACUCCCCACCCAGGCAAGGCUCAGAUGCCCCACCCCCUUGGGAACGGAUGACGGUCGAAUUCCCGUAGGUUGCCCGGGAGGAUGUUUAAGUUUUGAAUCGAUCGGUGUAUAAGAUCCUCAACUGAAUAUUUAGUAAAUUAACUUUUAGGGGCCUCAGAGCCAGUUUUUCAACUUGUUGUGAGCCUGUUACCCAAGAAAGUUCAAUUUUUGUUUCAAAAUUUGCAAGUCAUGUCAUCAAAGUCACGCGGGCGGAAAAAUUUAUGUUGGUCCUGAUCUACUGAUUACUCCUAAGGAGAGAUAUUACCUAGCAAUGGUA